UGUGCAGACUGAUUUGAAUCUGAUUGACUGACUACCUUUAGUGUACUUUUAACUGAAAAAAUCCCCCUGCAGCCUUAUCUGUCUUUGUGUUUUCCAAGCUGUCCGUUCGCCUAUAAAAGCUCUCGCCUUUUGCAUCACAGCCAUCAGUCGCUCAGACCUCACAGCAAUAUCAAUAUCUUUGCCUUCUCCCAAGAAAAAAUCCAGAAAAUAUCACCAUGAACUUCCACAAGAUCUUCGUUUUCGUCGCCCUCAUUCUGGCCAUCGCCAUUGGACAAUCCGAAGCUGGUUGGCUGAAGAAAAUUGGCAAGAAAAUUGAACGAGUUGGCCAGCACACUCGGGAUGCCACAAUCCAGGGUCUGGGAAUCGCUCAACAGGCCGCCAAUGUUGCAGCCACAGCUCGAGGUUGACCACGAAGAUUACUUAUAAUUAUUUAUUAAAAAAUCUAUUUAUUAUAUUGCUCUAUGUAAAUAAAACAUUUAAAACACGGA